AUGACGGUGUGUCUGGCAGAUUUAAAACGUUUUCGGUGGGACGAUAUGCAAUUAUACUGUGGUAGCAUUAUUGAUGAUAUUAUGCAAACCAUUUGCCCCAUUCCGUCGUUCGAUGCAGGUAUCAUUACUGUUAUUAUUUAGUACUUAUUUUUUAUGGUAAUGUUUAUUUAUUGAUAAUUAAUAAUAAAUAUAAAUAAAUAAUUUAUUGAUAAUAAUGAUGAUGUCUCAAAUUACUCCAAUGUAAUUUUUUAUCAAACUUGUAUUGACUAUACUUUUAUUGAUCAUUUUUAUGUUAGUUAUGUCAACAAAAAUGAUAUUCGUCCUUAUACUUUAAAAUGUAGUAUAACUAACCAUUUUAAUACUAUUGUUUGUAUACAUGGUAGUGAUAGUUUAAAUAAUUGGCAUUCUAUUAAUAUGAAUUAUUAUUACAAUCUGGAUUCUGUGCAUAUAAACUUUAACAAAAUAAUCCACUCAAUCAGUACUAUAAACUAGGAGUCUGAUUUUCUAAUUUUGAUCCGAAUAUUACUUAAGAUAAAUUACUUAAAAUUAUAAAAAAAAUUAUUCAUUUAAAUUCAUUAGUUCACAAUAACUUUAAGGGAAGAAGUAAACUUAACAUAUUUAAACCAUGGAUCACUAAAUGUUUAAUAACUUCUAUUAGAUUUAGGGAAAAAGCUUUUUAUAAAAAAUAUUAAACAAUCUUUUAAUACUAUCUUAAACAAUAUACAAAUAUUUUAAGCAGGCAGUCUAUUACAUCUUCAUUAUUCAAUUUUUUAUAUUUUUAUUAUUGUAUGGAUUUCUAUUACCUAUACUAUAAUCAUGACUUAUCCAGAUAAAAAUGUCUCAAAAGAAAUUUAUUCUGUUACUUCAAAAGAAAUAAAUUAUGUAUCUAAAUUUAAAUUUAAAAUUAAGUAAGUAUGCAUUUUUAUCUUAAACAUCAACAUUAUUAACAAACAUUUUGAUGAGUUAUUUGCUUAUUUAAGCAGCAAUAGAGAAUCUUUUAAUGUAAUUAUUUUAAUGGAAACAUGGUACCUAACCAAUUUCAACUUAAUCUUAAAUGGUUUUAUUAAAAUUAAUUCAAUUGAAACUUUUUAUAAAAAUGAUGGAAUCACAAUAUUUAUUGAAAAAUAUUUUGAAAUCUUUAUUUUAUACUGUAAUUCAAUUGAGUUACAAUUAGAAAUUAAUUCAGUAAAAUUGUCUAUAAUAGGUAUUUAUAGGUCCCCAAAUAAUGCAUAGAUUUAUUUUAAACUAGGUUAAAAAUACUAUUUUGAACAAAACCUAAUUACUAAAAAUGUUAAAUCAUUAGACAAUACUAGAGUAUCAAAUAAUUAUCUAGAUAUAAUGGCCAGUUACAAUAUGGUUUCUUACAUAAAUAACUACAUGACAUCUUUUAAUAACACUAAUUAUUGCUUGGAUCACAUUUUCUAUAAAAAUAAUAAUUUCAAUGUUAUUGAAUCAUAUGGAGAAAAAAAAAUUUAAUGUAACUAUUAUAUUCCUAUUUCUUUAUCUCUAUCACUUUCUAAACCAUUAGAAAAAUGUCUUAGGAAUAGAAUAGUUAGGUUUUUUGGAAAAAAAAAUUGUUUUUUCUCCCAAUCAGUUUGGUUUUACUUCCAGCAAGUCUACUAAGAAUUGCACAAUUCAUAGUGAAUCAUUUCGUUUUAAUUUAAUGUUAAAAAAUUUAGUGAUAAAUAAUGUUAAAUCAUGAUUUGAGAAUAAUAUAAUGCAGUUAAAUUUGAGUAAAACUAAAUAUAUUUGAUUUAAAAUACAAAAUAAUAGAUUUAAUAUUACUGAUUAUAAAUUAUAUGGGCAUUCUUCAACUUCAAAUAUUAAAAACUAUAGCUCAAAUUAUUUUGUUUAUAUAAGGUAAAUAACUAGGGUUAUAUUUAUGACAAUAAACACAAUUGGAAUAUUCAUAUCAAGAACUCAAUCAAAUGUAUAAAAAGUGCUUACUACUUCUUUUUCAAAUAUAUCUUUGUCCUUGGUCUUAUAGUUAUACUACAAGACAUAAUAAAAAUAUAAAUCUAAUACAAUGUAAAUGUAAUACCAAUUUCAGAAAUCUAAAUCCAUAAAUUGUAAAAAUUGAUAUUUAUUUUCAACUAGGCAAUAGUGCAACUAUGGGGGGGGGGGUGCCUCCCCGAAAUGUGUUUGUGAGUUUUUUUUAUGACUUUUACGCAGUUGUGUAAUUUUCAUACCUAUUUGAAACGUAAUGUUGUACCAUCGUGGAUGAAUAAGUGAUAAAAAUGAUCAUAAAAAUCAUUUUCUACAAAUAGGAGGCUAAAAACGUAUUCAAGAAACACUACAGGACAGUCGAAACUUAAAAGAAUGUCCACAUUAAACAUACCUACAGAUAUUGAACUUAAACCAGAUUCAGUGCUUAGUGUUGAGGCUCAAAGAAUUAAUCUUAGACUGAAAAUUAUUUCUAUUAUUAUAUAAGGCCAUUUAAACCUUCGGGAUGUUUUUUGGUAAUAUUUUAUAAAAAAAACUACAAAUUAUCAAUUUUGAAUAAUUUUUAGUUUAUUUUGAAAAUUUGUUCUGAUUACUUUCUAAAAAUAAUAUCGCUUAAAUGGUCGCCUUCAGAGCGAAUGGCAUAAUGUGCUCGUUUUUCGGCAUUUCCCAUCAUAUUUCGAAGUGUUUAAGGUUGAAUAGGGCUCUAAAUAAACAAAAUAGUUGGUUGUACGCCAAUGAAAACCCUCAAUUAAUCCACGAACAACCUCUUAACAACGCGUGAAUUUUUGAGCCGAAAUGUUUGCGAAAAGAAUCAUUAGACCGUUCUUUUUCGAAGGAGCAGCCGUAUCCAUCAAUGGAGAGCAUAAUCAAGCUACAAUAACGAAUAUUUUCAUUUCAUUUCUGACUGAUAACGGUAUGAUAACUAUUGGUUUCUACAAGACGGCACCACAGCUCAUAUAGCUCGAAAUAAAGCGAUAGUGGCUUUAUUUCGUCUUUUGUUCCUCGGACGUUUAGUUUUAAAAAAUGGUAAUUUCAACUGGCCUCUGCGUUCACCUUACUUAACCCCUCCAAACUUCCCACUUUCCUGUGAGGUUAUUUAAAAUCUUGAUUUUACGUUAGGAAGCCAUGGAUCCUAGAAGCGUUGAAAGAUAAUAUAUGACAAAAAAUGGCCAUUAUUCAGCCUGAAACACUUCGAAAAAAGAUUUGAAUUGCCGAAAAUUGAACUCAUUACGCCAUUCGUUCUGGUGACGAGAGUUUACGUGAUAUUAUUUUCAAUAAUUAAUAACUAUUCAAUCGGAAACACGUCGAAAAGUGAUGGGAAAUGUCAAAAACUAGCUCAUUACACCAUUCACUCUGAAGACGACUAUAUAAGCGAUUUUAUUUUUAAAAAGUUAUCAAAACAAAUUUCCAUGUCUAAAAUAAACGAAAAAGACUCAAAAUUAAUAAUGUUUUUUUUUUAAAAUAAUUAUCAAAAGACAUCCCGAAGAUUUAAAUGGCCCACCAUGUACUUAUGAGUAAAGUAUAUUUAAUUACAUAAUUAAUUCGAGUCCAAAUUGUUUUCCCAUAUGCGUAGUCUAUAAAUGUAAGUUAAGCAAUAUGAAGAUUUUACUCAUAAACCUAAUUAAACCUUACUCCCUCCACUCCACCAACCAUCAUCCGAAAUUGAUAUUUUUUCAAAUUCAUAAAUCCCCCUCUAAAAAUAAUUCCUGGUUGUACCACUGCAACUAGGUAAAUAUUAAUAUCUUAAGUUUUAAAAAUAUAUAAAUAGUCUAAAACUACAAUAAUAUAAAUGUAUAAUUUUGAACUUUGUAUGUAAUUUCUUUAAUUUAAUUUGUAUACUAGUAUGUGAUUACUAUAUGUUUAUUGAGUUUUCUGAAUGUAAAUUUUAUUAUGUUUCUUCCGUUCUUCCUUCUAUUAAUUUCGCACAAAAUCGUUUUUCAUUUGCAAUGGUUUACCAUUACCUUCCCAACUUUUCAACUACAACAGUGGCCGAUCCAUCGUGCAAAUUAUGUCAGUCUUUUUAUUUAAGCUCUUAAAGGUCAAAUUUUGAUAAAACUAUUGGAAAAAUCUUCAAUCUUAUUAUAGGCUAUACAAUUAUUUUUUUAUUUAUGCUUUAAACUAUGAUAAAAUAUACCUACAUUAAUUAUAUUACUGCGUUUGUUUCAGAAGGAAAAGUGAUUAUCAAUGCUCGUAGCCACUAUCAUUAUUGGAUAAAAAGUCAAAUUGACAAUGACUGUUGUUACACGGGUGGUCAGGGUUGCACCCUAAGAUAUAUACUGGAAAAAUACUGUCCAUUUUCGGAAAGGUACUAACCUAAAAAAUUAAAUUUAUAUACUUAAUAAAUCUAUGCCAACUAACAUAAUAAAAGUAAAUGUUUGUCUGACAAGAAUCAUUUAAUUAUAAUUUCUAUUUAGCUAAACAGGUAUUCAUAUUUUAUUAUACAGAAAAGAUUACUUGUGUGUGUAAAUGAUAGUUAGAUAUAAUUACGCCCUUAUAGCAGUUGUCUGCCACACGGAAAUCUCUUCAAUAUGGUGCCCACAAAAUUAAUUUAUCUCCCUCAUAAUAGACAAAAAUAGAAGAGAAUACUGCUCAAUAGGUACUGUUGACUGUUGUACGUAAAUAGUUGAAAAGGUUAGAAUUUCGGGAAUGUCCAAUGAAAAUCUGAUAAAUACAAUAAAUUUGGUCAAUGAUGUAUGCAGUAUUUUUUCAAUGGAAGGUAUCAUAUUCCCAACAGAAUUUCGAAGAUAUGUCUUAAUUAUUUUUAACAUAAUAAAGCUUCUUCUUGGUUCACACUACGUAUCAGAUACUAUUGAAAAAAUUUGAAGCACUUUGAAUAAAUUUGAAAUAAAGUAUCAUUUGUACUUAUCAAAAUCAUCUAGAAGAUCAUAUACACUUAAUUUUUGUAAAUUUGUAUGCCAAAAGCUUUACUUCUACUUCAAAAACUUCUUGAUCGAUAUAAUUUAAAUACAAUUCACUUAAAUUUUUGAUCAAAUGAUUAUCACAAUUUUCAUUAUAAUUUAUAAAACCAUAAUAUUUGUAUGAUUUAAAAAUCAGUUUUUUAAUUGUUGAACAAAGUUGUCCACAAAUGGAAGGAAUAUACUAAUUUAUUUUAGAUGAUUUUCAGUCAUCUGUAGAAUAAUUUGAUUUCUAUUUAUAUGGGACAAUAAAUUUAAAUCUGAUUGAUACUAAUAAUGGUUUAUCCGGAAAAUUUCCUUUUUUUUUAUUCAUUGUUUCAUAAUUUGAAAUUAAUUUAAACUAUUUAUAGAGAGGUGUCAUAUUUCCUUGAUACCCCCCACAUGCACCACUAAAUUUGGUCACUAAACGUUCAAUAAUUGCAUGUUUUUUUUCUUGUAAUAAUAACUAUAGUCUUGCGGUAUGAUUUCUCUAUUUUAUAUAUUUUUUAAAAUUAAAAAUAAAAAUGACUUUUACAAAAUCAUAUGUGACUAUUUUAUAAGUAUAUAUUUUGAAAAAAAUAUGUUACUUUUGUGUCACAUAUAUUUACUAAUUAUGUGUAAUUGUAAUUGUAUUGUGUCAUUGUAUUUAAUAGCUAACUAAGCUAAUUAAAGUAUCUUAACCUAUAUCUGUUUUUCAAGACGCUAUUAUUAUUGUUAUUAUAAUAAUUGGAAUUAUUAUUAUUAUUAGUGUUGUUGUUAUUAUUAUUUACCAAUAAGUCGAUUGGGAGCACAAUUGUUAAUCACAAUUAUAUGUACUUAUCUUUAGGAUUGAUACUACAAAAGACGUGAUAAUCGCAGGCAAUUCAAUUAAUCACUUGGAUACUUUAACUGAUGAACGGUCAGUAUUUUUAACGCAACUAAUGAAGUUUAAAAAAUGCGUUCUUCCGAAGAAGAAUUCUGAACUAUUAGGAUAUGAUACAAUUCGUAAGUAUUCACUGAGUUCGCCAGUAUCAGGUGCCAUAUUCUAAAAUAAUUUCAAAGGCAUUGUUUUCAACUAAACAUAAUUAAAUUAAGGAAAUCAAAUUAAAAAUAUAUUAAUUGUUGGUUCAUUUUUAUUAUUAUUAAUCAAAACAUGUUUAGAUUAGUUUGAAAAUAAUGUCUCUAUUUCUUGAUGGUAAUAGCAAUAGUAUUGUUCAAUAAAUUGUUGUAUACAAUAGUUACAUGUUUUUUUAAAAGAUACAUUAAACUACCUACUAUAAAAGAAGAGGAAAAAUAAAUUUCACUCUUCUCCCCUAAGGAUAGCUAGGAUGCCACUACCUCUUUGUUGCACCACUGAUUUAUUGUAUACACCUAAUUACGAAUUUUAUAAAAGAAAUAUACUUUAAAAACACAACAAAUGUUACAUAAUUUUUUUAUUAUUUAAUUUUGUUUUGUAUAAUAUUUAUUGCAGAAUAUUUACUUUGUAUGACAAAUGUGGGAUGCACUAUAGAUUUGGAACUUCUUGAAGCGCUUCAAAAUUCAUUAGCCUGCUCAACCUUAGAAAACUGA